AUGUACACUCUUUCCAUCAAAACUGAAAGAGUGAAUGUUCUCUCAGUUAAGCUCGAAAAUGCUGAGAAACAGGUUCAAGAUUUGCUCACUGAGAGGGCUAUAAUAAAAAGUUGUAUAUCUUAUAUUACAAGCUUACUCUCAGAUGUCAAUGAAACAAGAGAAUGCAUGAUCACCAUCUCUGUCCGAAAGCAUCUAAAUGAGAAGUUGAUGCCAAUAUUCACAAUGCUUCACAGACUGCAGGGUGUUUCGGAUCAAACCUUUGUUCCAAAACAAGGGGGAGAAGGUGGGUCAACUAUUAUGACAAGAAAAGAAGGCCCUAAAGCUCCAACCAAGCCAGUUGUCAAACAAGAACCUAAUGGCAAGGGAAAAUUGUUUGGAGAUGAACCCAUCGUUGACAAUAGUGAAGAUGAAGGGGAGCUAAAUGAAGACGAGCUCAAAAGACGAAAGGUCCACAAAACCGAAUUGGAUGAGAACAACCGAAUAAUCCGUGAGGCUGAAGAAAAGGAAAUGGCUGAUGAAGAAGCUCAGGCCACGCUUCAGAGCAUAAAGAUUUUGUUUCCUAAGUGGAACUUGAAGCGAAUCAAGAAUGAUGCUGUUGAUCUACCCAUGGCGAGAGAUUCGAAGAGUCACGUCUAUGAAUUCAUAUUUGCAUACUUGCCUUGUCUGAAUCCUUAUGGAUGGAUCAUACUAGAUAACAUGUUGUUGAAGGAGAAGGAGAAGUACGAAUCUGUCAUGUCCCAAAUCUUGUUGCAAUCUUACAUUCAAGAGAUUGGUGAGAUGGAUGUCAAGAUAGUUGUGGUACUGCGAAAGAAGCCUUCUAUUGUUCCUGAAGAAGCUCCGAAGGAUUUUGAAAAGCUGAAGCUAGGAAAGAUUUAUAAAGAGGGAUGA